AUGAAACUCUCCCACACAACUCUCCCAGCCCUCACUCUCCUCCUCCAACCAACCCAAGCCCUAGUCGGUAUCAGCUGGAGCAUGAGCAACAGCAGCCAACCGCUUCCCGAAAUAACCUUCCCAAUGAACAUCGCCAAUGCAACCCACGAAAGCGGCUACUACUUCGCGCAACAAUACAACUUCGCCAACCAAAAAGACGUAGGCUACACAGGGCUCCAGCCACGCCCGACCAAGAACUCCAAACCCCAACUCCACGCUGCCUUCUCCAGCUUCAUAGCCGGAACAACCUCCACAGACCCGAACUGCAGCGACGGCGCAGAUGGCGGCGCAGGGGUCAGCUGCGCAAUCGACAUUGAAGGCUCGUACGCGCAUGCGUAUUUGCUCCAUGUGAAUAAUACAGCUGGCACGACCUGGACCGGGACUUUGGUUGAUGUGAUCAGCGGGAAUGAGACUCGUGUUGGCUCUUACACGCUGCCUGGGGGGUCUGGUGGCAUUGUGGGUGAUCAGAUGGGCUUCGUGGAGUAUUAUCCUUGGAAUGCUGCGGGUGGGCAUUCCUGUGCGGACUUGCCGAGGAGCGCGGUCACUUUUGGGAAACCGGUUUCGCCGGGGAGGGUUGGGGCUCUGAAGGAUGCUUAUGAGUAUGGGGAUUGUGUUGGGCAGGUUGGUUUUGAGACGCAUCGGACUUUGAGGGGGGUGGAGGUUUCUGUUGGGUUUUGA